UAACGCAGAAAGUCACGGCGAAAUUAGAUCUAGGAUAGAGCAGGCUAUAGCUGCUUUUAGACGGAUGUCCAAGGUGUUAUGGAAAAGAGACCUAAAAUUAGCAUUGAGGAUCCACCUACUUCGCUGCUACGUGUUCUCGGUCUUACUUUAUGAUGUCGAGUCCUGGACUGUGAAUAAAAUCGAUCUAAAUCGCCUUGACACUUUCGAAAAGUGGUGCUAUAGAAGAAUUUUAAAAGUAUCCUGGGUGGAGAAAAUUCGAAACUCCACAAUACUAGAACGUCUCAGCAAGACUAUUGAGAUCAUAAAAAGCAUCAAGCAGAGAAAACUGGAGUAUUUCGGGCAUGUAAUGAGAGGUCCCAAAUAUAGGUUACUACAAAAUAUCAUGCAAGGAAAAAUAGCAGGCAAAGGCAGUCCUGGACGAAGAAGAACCUCAUGGUUAAAGAACUUGCGACAGUGGUAUGAUUGAAAGGACAUGCUGUUUCGAGCCGCAUCGAGCAAGGUUAUGAUUGCCAAUAUGAUUUCCAACAUCCGAAAUGGAUAGGAACCAGAAGAAGAAGAAGA